AUGUCUGUUCGGCUGGCUCUGCUCCUGGGGGCUGCACUCUGUCUCCACGUCUUCUGCAGCAUUUCAGACACCAAAUCUCUAAGGGUGAAGAGAGGGAGGGAAAACAAGCACCAGAAGAUCCCUCAGGACAUCUUAGAUAUAAUCCAGAAAACCAAUGAAUUAGCCUUCAGACUCUACAGCUCCUUCAAUUCCCAGAUUCCUGGGUCCAACAUCAUCUUCUCCCCAAUCAGCAUCUCCAUAGCCUUGGGCUUCCUGGCACUGGGGGCAGAAGACCUCACCAAGGCCGAGAUCCUAGAGUGCCUCCAGUACAACAUUGCUGAGACCCCAGAGUCCGACAUCCACCAGGGCUUCCAGAUGCUGCUUCACGUCCUGAGGAAUUCCAAGAUGCCCCUGCAAGUGAAUAUAACCACUGCUCUGUUCUUGGAUGAGCAUCUAGAAAUGAAGAAAAAAUUCCUGCUAGGGGCCUGGGCAUUGUAUUCCGCUGAAGCCAUCUCCACAGACUUCAGUGAUCUCCUCUCUGCCAAGAAAUUAAUCAAUGAUUAUGUGGAGCAGACAACCCAUGGGAAAAUCCUGGACAUGGUCCACGACUUGGACGAAUUGACCAAGAUGGUCUUGGUGAACUCUAUCUUCUUCAAAGGCAAGUGGGAGAUGCCCUUUAACUCUGAAAACACCGUCAGGUCAGAUUUCUACAUGACCUUGAGAAGGAAGGUGACAAUACCCAUGAUGAGAUCUGAGUACCUGCAGGUGCCCUACUUCCGAGACAGGAUGCUCCGUACUACGGUGGUACAGCUCCCAUACUUGAACAACAGUGCCAGCAUCCUCUUCAUCCUCCCUAACCUGGGCCAAAUGUCCAUGCUGGAAAGUUCGCUGAAACUGAACAAAUUCCAUUACUGGAGGGAGGCGAUGAAGAUGAGGAAAAUAUCCAUGUUCUUGCCCAAGUUCUCCAUCUCCUGGGACUACGACCUGGAUCAAGUCCUGCCUAACAUGGGCAUUGUCAAAGUCUUCUCCCAGAAUUCAGAUCUCUCAGGAAUCACCACCGCCGGCAGGAACCUGAGCCUUUCCAGGAUGGUCCACAAGGUUGUGCUGGAUGUGACCGAGGAAGGUACCGAAUCAGCGACUACCACUGCAGCGCGCGUUAUUCCUUUUUCUAUAAAACCAAAGGCUGUGAGAUUCAACAGGCCCUUCCUGGUGGCCGUCAUCUCCGAGGACACACAGGGCAUCCUCUUCCUGGGCAAAGUGGUCAACCCGCGGCAUUCCUGA